AUGCAGUCUUGGGCGAACUUCUACCGCGAGAGAGUGAUAAUCCACUACACCAAGGAGAAUGUGACCCAGGCCCUGGUGCCCCCGAUCAUAGUGCUCAAUUCAAAUAGGUACAGGUUCCUAAGAGCCUUCCAGUGGUCUCCACACGCAUGGCCGGUUCUGAACGAGAUCUUGGCAGACGUGCAGUGUCAGCCCAUGCACGUGCUCCUAUUCGCUGCCUGCACCAUCCUCUUGAAGAUCAAACGAGAGGCGUACAUCCUGACCCCGGAAAGGGUCCUCCACCUGAAGAGCUGCCUGAUCCAGCACCUGCAGGAAGCGGCACUCCUCCCAUUUGGACGACCCCUUGUAAUCCAGCUGGCCCUAUGCCUCGUGCACUUGGGCCUUUACUACGCCUCAUGUUGCCACGAGCUACCUGAGCUCUCCGAGGCAAUGGUCCAGAACUGCCCGGAGCACAUCCGCGCCUUCCUCGUGCUCCUGGAGCUGCUCCCCUGGGAGGCCCGCGAAUUUAUCUUUAGAGUGCGUCCCGAUCGGGAGCCUUCCAUCUAUCGUCACCUCUGGGAACAUGCCCCCCACGUGGUGACCCUUAUGGGGCACUUGAUAGGAAAUGACAACAUCGGAAUUGAGGGCGAGAAGCAAUGUCUAAGGGUGAUUAUUGCCUGGACGCAGCAUGGCGUUAUGGAUGCUGAUGACCUGAUCAACAGCCGCGUGUUCCUACGAGUGAGCCUCAUUCUGCAUCACGAGGAAGUGCAUAUCCACGCAGAAGCCUGCAGCGUAUUGGUGGCUUUGCUAAAGUCUGCCUGGAUCUCCCGCCAACUACAGCUCCAAAUUUUCGAGAUUGGCAAUAGCCUGGAGGACAAGUUCCUGAGGGCAGUGGCCCGAAACAAGAAAGCCCUCAUGGCCAACUACGUGGCCGUAUUCCUGCAGCUGGCUUCUACGACCCUGACGGUGGCUCAGGGCACUCCCACCUUUGAAUUAGGCGCCCACGGAAAGGCCCUCUUUCGGGUGCUGCUCCAGGUGACGAGGUAUUGCGAGUGGUCCGCCGUGGAGCUGGCCAUGAAACACUGGCAGAAGCUGAUGUGCGAGUUAAACCAUUUUAGGAAAGGCUCCGCCUUUGAGCCUCUCCUGAGGGACCUGAUGAGGAUCCUUUUCGAGCGCAUCCAGCUGCGCGACUGCCACCAACACUCUGGCCUGCACCACUCCACCCGUUUUGCGGGUUUCCGCAGACGUGUCGCCGAAACCGUGAGGGCCAUGGCCCCGCUAGUCACCCCCAUCAUCAUGGAGACCUUCUGGUCCAUCGCCCAGAACCCAGCGAGUCCCUGGAUGCAGGUGGAGGCAGCCGCCUUCAUUCUCCUCCCUUUUAUAAAUCCCUACAAUAUGUUGAAGGCCUCCCUCUACGAGCGUCUUCUCAAGAUCCUCUCGCAGCGUCCCGAGAACAUCUUCCGCGGGAUAGAGCGCCGUGUCCAGAAGAAACUCCGAAAGCGGACCCAAGUUACCUCGAACGAACCAAACUGCUCAUCCUAAUAGAGCCUCACUGAUCCUCGGAGAUUGAUCCAAAUUUUUGGUGCUUUUAGUUUGAGAAUUUUAAAAUUGUUGUUUUCUCCCUUCGGCUUUUUAGUUUUCAAAUUAGCGGUUUCACACAUAGCCAUAGCAUUUCCGACUGAAUUUUUC